CCUGUGCCUGACAGCUCAGAGGAGAGGAGGAGGACCACGACGCACAGGGACAGUCCUCAAUCUCCCACCUUAUUUUUGUCAGCUACCCACAUCCAUACAAACUGAGAAGAAAAGCAGUGUAUGUUUUGAAAUAUUGGCCGUCAUCGGUUGACAGCGCUCUCGCUCGGAGGAUUCAUCCCGGGGUACUGAAUGGAAGCGGCGGCUGAAGGGGCGGCCAGCCUGUCUGAGGCCGGGGAUGGGAGUCCGUUAUCCGGGGCAGCAGCAUCCGAGGACGCGGGGACGGCGGACGGCAUGGACUCGGAUUCUACAUCGAAAAAGGCUUUCAUAACGGAGAUGCCUUCAUCGUCAGGCCAGCCGGCCCAUGGGAAGAAGAUCGGACACAGAGGAGUGGACGCUUCUGGAGAAACCACGUAUAAGAAGACCACAUCUUCAGCACUCAAGGGGGCCAUUCAGCUAGGGAUUGGCUACACGGUUGGCAACUUGAGUUCCAAGCCUGAGCGGGACGUCCUCAUGCAGGAUUUCUAUGUAGUGGAGAGCAUCUUCUUCCCCAGUGAAGGGAGCAACUUGACGCCAGCUCAUCAUUUCCCAGACUUCCGUUUCAAAACCUACGCUCCCGUCGCCUUCCGUUACUUCAGAGAGCUUUUUGGGAUACGGCCAGAUGACUAUUUGUAUUCGCUCUGUAACGAACCACUGAUCGAGCUGUCCAAUCCUGGAGCCAGUGGAUCAGUCUUCUAUGUCACCAGGGACGAUGAGUUCAUCAUUAAGACGGUCAUGCACAAGGAGGCAGAGUUUUUGCAAAAGCUUCUUCCUGGAUAUUACAUGAACUUGAAUCAGAAUCCGCGCACCUUAUUGCCCAAGUUCUUCGGGCUGUACUGCGUACAAUCGGGCGGGAAGAACAUUCGGAUGGUGGUCAUGAACAACGUCUUGCCCAGGGUGGUGCGCAUGCACCUCAAAUACGACCUGAAGGGGUCCACCUACAAGCGACGGGCCUCUAAAAAAGAGCGGGAAAAGGCAAAGCCCACUUUCAAAGACCUUGACUUCAUGCAGGACAUUCCAGAGGGUCUCAUGCUGGAUACAGACACGUACAACGCCCUGGUCAAGACGUUACAGAGAGACUGUUUGGUCUUGGAAAGCUUUAAGAUUAUGGAUUACAGUUUGCUGCUGGGAGUCCACAACAUCGAUCAGGCGGAGAAAGAGCAGCAGAUGGAAGGAUCUCAGGGCAACAGUGAUGAAAAGAGGCCGCUGGCACAGAAAGCGCUCUACUCCACGGCCAUGGAGUCCAUACAGGGAGCGUCGGCCUGUGGAGAGGACAUUGACACCGAGGACACGAUGGGUGGUAUCCCUGCAGUCAAUGGAAAAGGAGAGCGUCUGUUACUCUACAUUGGAAUAAUCGACAUCCUGCAGUCUUACAGGUUAAUAAAGAAAUUGGAGCACACGUGGAAGGCUCUAGUCCACGAUGGGGACACAGUGUCUGUUCACAGACCGUCUUUCUAUGCGGACAGGUUCUUCAGGUUCAUGAGCACUACUGUAUUCAGAAAGACUUCCUCACUGAAAUCCUCUCCGUCAAAAAGGGGUCGUGGGGGUCUGGCUGCGGGCAAGUACAGCGGUCCAGGAGCAGCCUGGUCAGCCAGCCAGCUGCCGUUUGUAAGAGACGAAAACAUCUACGACCUUAGAGGAGCCCGUAGCUUCCCCACACUGGAAGACGAUGGUCGGACGGAUGUGCUUCCCUGCACCCCUCCUUCAUUCGAGGAGGCCACCACAGCCUCCAUCGCCACCACGCUCUCCUCCACCACCUCCCUGUCCAUCCCAGAACGCUCCCCGUCGGACACCUCCGAACACCCGCGCUACAGGAGACACACCCAGUCCAGCCAUGAAGAAACAAUGCAGGAUGAGGACCAGCAGACUAUCACAGUAGAGGUGGAAGUUGAGGGAAGAUAUGAUAGCGAACCCACCCUCGUGGCUCCCCAGGUAUCGCCGGAGAACAGUGAAGCUGCAGAGACGUUUCUUGAAGCUUCCUCCUCCUCCGUCCCAGCGAGCCCCAGGAUAGUAGUGGAAUCUGACGGCGGCAGUCAGGCCUCGGGCUGUACGAGCCGUGCCUCUGUGGACGAGGAUGACGAUGUGCCAAUGACAGACAUUUAUUUCCCUCCAGAAGACAAAAGCUGGGUAUAUUCUCCUCUGCACUUCGGCUCAGGGCCUAAAACCCUGCCAGAGGAUGAAGGGGAGAGUGAAACAUAAUCAGACCUCAGGAAAGAGGGGCAGCUACAAGGUUUGGACUCUUCAGACGUCCUCAACAUGUCCGGAAACUCUACUGGUCGGAUUUUUUCAGAUCUUAAAGGGAUAGUUCACCCAAAAAUGAAAUUUGCCCCAGCAUGUACUCAGCGUAAAGCCAUUCUAGGUGUUUAUGACUUAUUUCUAUGUUCUUUCGGACAAAUACAAUCGGAAGUAUAUUAAGAAAAAUACACUGGCUUUUCUGUCAUUUAUAAUGCCAGUGAAUGGGUGUUGAGAUUUUGAAGUGCAUCCACCCAUCAUAAAAAGUACUCCACACGACUCCAGAGGUUAAUAAAGGCCUUCUGAAGCAAAACGAUGUGUUUCUGUAAGAAAAAUAUCCUUUUUUAACACUUUAUGAACCGUAAUCUCUAGCUUUCGCUAACUGUCAUACGCACAUUCAUGCCGUUUUAGUGGAUGACGUAGCAUGUAGGCGAACAUGUGACGAACGUGAGCGAGCAAAACAAAACACCAGUCACGAAUUAGAAGUACAAAACGAAGAUUUGAAAAGAAAAAUGUUGGAGGAUUUCAGUAUAAGACAAGAGGAGACUGGUUUUCCUUGGUUGUAAACAAAACUUGGUUCUCGUGAGACUAGCACGUACGUCCUGUGUCAUCCGCUGGAACGCCCCUCUCUCAUGAACGCGUGCACAUCAGUUAAGAAAACUAGAGAUUACAGUUCAUGAAGUUCAAAUAUGGAUGUUUUUCUUAAACGAAUGCAUUGAUUCCCUUCAGAAGGCCUUAAUUAACCACGUGGAGUCGUGUGGAGUACUUUUUAUGAUGGAUGGAUGCACUUUAUUGGUCUUCAAAAUCUCAACACCCAUUCACUGCCAUUAUAAAGCUUGGAGGAGCCAUAACAUUUUUUAAUGUAACUCGGAUUGCUUUCGUCUGAAAGAAGAAAGUCCUACACACCUAGGAUGAGUAAAUCAUGGGGUAAUUUUCAUUUUUGGGUGAACUGUCUCUUUAAAUAUCGUUUUCGGUCCUUUCACCCAUUCAUAAACAACACCAAGCAAGUAGUAAUAGUCCACUUAUUUAUGAGAAAUAAUGAAAAUAUUUAUGUUUAAUUAUUUUUUGAUUGUUUCGUUUUUUGUUCAAGUCUAAUUUACAUACUGUGAAUGUGUACUUUUAUUUUAUUUUUUUAGGGGACUUGUAGGUGAUAUGACUUAAGUUGUUAAUGCACCUUGGUUAUCAGGAGGCAUUGUUUCAUAACAGUUGAAAAAAAAAUACAUGGUUUGCUUUAUUUUUAUUGGUUCUUCAGAAAAAUAUUAAGCCAGCAAUAGUGUUCAAUGUUUCAGAUUUAUGAAAUUGCAAAAAGUGGCUGUUUGAUGUGUGAAAUUUGGCAAUAACCAAAGUCCCAUCAUUUUUAUUUUCAUUUUAUCUUAAUUUUAAACUAAAAAUUUGGGCUGACAACGGAUGCUGGAUGUUAUAGACAACGACAUUUUCCGCAUCACCUAAUGUUUAUAGUUUUGUUUUGGCUCAUUUUUAUACAUUCUACUCUCCAAACAGUUCAAAUUCGAACUUGUUCCGCAGAGUUUCCCGCCAAAAUCAAUACACAGUCAUCAGGCCCUGGUUAUUAAGAGACAAGAUGGGACCAAACUUAUUAUGUGGGAGGCCAAAUAUGUAAAACAACUUGUAACCAUAAUCACAAUCGUUUGUUCAAACGUUAAAUUGUAAAUCCACAUGUAUAGAAUUUGUGUGUGUGCCUAUGCAUUGAGCGUGUUUGUGGUUUUGAGUAAGCGAGUGUCUCAAUUUACAAUGAAAGUGUGCGACACUGAUUCUUAUGAUGUGCAGUGGCCAGUUGCUAUUGAUAUUGCUGUUGUAUCUAAAAUGAAGGGACUACUGCAGCAAUACAUUUGUAAAGUGUAGCACACGCAUAUUUUGGUUGCCUUAAUUAUUUUUUGCCAACCUAAACCCUAUUGUAGUUACAAACUAUUCACAGAUUCAGUCUUUCUUUCUGGUUCACCAAUGAUAGUGUCUUAGAUUUGUAUAUAGGUCUUUAAAUACAUAUAAAAUCUAUUUUAAAUGUUAGUUUUCUUUUCUAUUUUAUUUUGCACAAGUGGCUUGCAAAAGGUGUCCUGUAGGUCCACACGAACCCACCCAUUCUUCCAGCGUCCAGGACGUUUUCUUGUGUUCGAGUCUAGGGUGUUUUUUUGUAUCAUAUGUGUACACUUUACAGUUGGGAUUGUAAAGUCUACUCUAUACGGUCGAAGACAUACAACUGUAUCAAUCGCUUACUCUUCCAACAGUUGAGCUGUGUUUGUGUGUAUGUGAGUGUGUAUGUGGUUAAAAAGCUGUGUGCCCCCUUAAAUAGCAAAAGAGCAUGAUGAAAUGUGUGUCUAUUUACAUUGAUGUACAGCAUAGACAUUUAUCUCUACGGAAAGACCACAAGCAAUGGACCGGUGUGUGUACAUUUGUUCAGACCCUUAAUAAAUACAACUCUUGAACUUGA